GUGUGCUUCUAUGUUACACCCAUAUUCGUUCUCUCUCUCCUAUCUGUCCAACAGACACUCAGUCCAAUAAUAUUUCCCCCUCCUCAUUCCUGAAUCUGUCCUCGAUCUGAGCUAAAAAGUAGAGGGAGUGAGCGAGAGAGAAAAUGGGUAGAUUUGGAAGCCCAAAAUAUUACUUCUUGUGGUACGCUCUUCAAUUUUUCCUGUUGAUUCAAACCAGAGUUUUUUGCUACCAAUACAAGGUCGGAGAUUUAGAUGCUUGGGGCAUACCCACUUCAGCAAAUCCAAAUGUCUACACCAAUUGGGCCACCUAUCACGCCUUCAACCUCGGAGACUCUCUCUUUUUCCUAUACCCACCUAGUCAAGAUUCGGUGAUUCAAGUAACAGAGCAAUCAUACAACAGCUGCAACAUCACAGAUCCAAUCUUGUACAUGAGCAAUGGCAAUUCUCUGUUUAACAUCACCCAACCAGGUGAAUUUUACUUCACCAGCGGCGUACUGGGCCACUGCGAUAAUGCCCAGAAACUCCACAUUUCUGUCUUUGGAAAUGGAUCUUCAUCAGCAUUUUCACCCUCUUAUGCUCCUGCAGCUUCACCUUCUUACCCUACCGUCUUCGGCUCAAUCCCGAUGGCACCUUCCUCUUCGCUUCCAUCAUCGUCGUCGUCGUCGUCGUCAUCAUCGUCAUUGAAAAUUCCUGUGUUUUUGUUGUCCGCUGCCAUCGGAUUCUGGAUAUCUGCACUUCUAUUUCAGAUCUCAUGAAAAUGAAUUGGCAGCCGACAACUGAAACUAUAUGAUUCAUUAUUAGCUGUCAUUGAUUUUUUUUGUUAUUAUUAUUUGUUUAAUUUAUUCCAAUACGUUUCAUCUUCCCUCGAGAAGUUGAUUUUGAAAUUUCCAUGAAUUUGUUUGUACAAGAGUUUUGAUGAUUUGAUUAUGCAAUUAUUUUUUAGCAAUUUAAAACAAUAAGAUUUGUUCUCUUUCAACACUAA